AUGCCGCAAACAUUCGAUGUAGAGCAUGUUCUAGCAAACAUCAGCGAGCAGGACAAGAUCGCUCUUUUAUCAGGAAUUGACUUCUGGCACACACAUCCUAUCCCCGAAUUCGACGUCCCUUCGAUUCGCGCAACCGACGGUCCCAAUGCUCUGGGCGCCACCUGGGACCGAGAUCUGAUAUACCAAGCGGGGGAGCUGUUGGGUGACGAGUGUAUUGCGAAAGGGGCGCAUUGUUGGCUGGGCCCGACAAUCAACAUGCAGCGCGCUCCCCUCGGUGGCCGUGGGUUCGAGUCGUUUGCGGAAGAUCCGCAUCUCUCCGGCAUUCUGGCCAAAUCCAUCAUCCUCGGAUGCGAAAGCAAAGGGGUCAUUUCCACGGUGAAGCAUUUCGUGGGCAACGACCAGGAACAUGAACGACGGGCGGUGGACGUCCUCGUCACCCAGCGAGCCUUGCGCGAGAUCUACCUACGACCCUUCCAGAUUGUGGCAAGAGAUGCAAAGCCCGGUGCGCUCAUGACCUCGUAUAAUAAGAUCAACGGGAAGCAUGUGGUGGAAGAUGAGCGCAUGCUCAAUCUGAUCCGCGAGGAGUGGAUGUGGAAUCCCCUGGUUAUGAGCGACUGGUACGGGACCUACACAACCAUCGACUCCAUGAAUGCGGGCCUUGACCUUGAAAUGCCGGGGGUGUCCAGAUACCGGGGAAAGUUUAUCGACUCCGCCGUGCAGGCUCGACUGAUCAAGCAAUCAACUAUCGAUGCACGAGCGCGAAAGGUGUUGGAAUUCGUGAAGCAAGCGAGUCAGGUCCAAGUGUCCGAAGUGGAGCGAGGACGGGAUUUCCAAGAGGAUAGAGCGUUGAAUCGCAAACUCUGUGCGAACAGCAUCGUCCUCCUCAAGAACGAAGGCAUCCUGCCCCUUCCAAGGGAGAUCAAAAAGAUCGCCCUAAUCGGAUCUCACAUGAAGACUCCCGCAAUAUCGGGUGGUGGCAGCGCGUCACUUGAGCCAUAUUACUCUGUCUCGUUAUACGACGCCUGUAGGGAAGCACUUCCCAACGCCGAGGUGCUCUAUAAAGUGGGUGCAUACGCCCAUAAGAUGCUGCCCGUGAUAGACCGUCUCUUGAGCAAUGCUAUCAUUCAAUUCUACAACGAGCCGAUGGGCAAGGAACGACAUUUAAUCAGCACUGAGCCUGUAUCGACGACGGCUUUCCAGUUCAUGGACUACUAUGCUCCCGGUCUCAACCGAGCGCUCUUCUGGGCCACACUGGUUGGUGACUUCAUGCCCGACACCUCCGGGCUUUGGGACUUUGGCCUGAGUGUCUUUGGUACCGCAAACCUCUACAUUGACGACGAGCUCGUGAUCGAUAACACUACGAGCCAGACACGCGGGACGGCUUUCUUCGGCAAAGGCACAGUUGAGGUGCUGGGAUCGAAGGAAUUACUUGCUGGCACUACAUACAAAAUCCGGAUCGAGUUCGGCUCUGCCAAUACUACCACAAUGAAAACGGUGGGGAUGGUGAAUUUCGGUGGCGGCGCCGCAAGUCUGGGGGCCUGUCUAAGGAUGAACCGGGAUGAGAUGAUCGAGAAUGCCGUGCAAGCCGCCACAGAGGCCGACUACACCAUUCUUUGCACCGGGCUCAAUAAGGACUGGGAAUCUGAAGGGUUCGAUCGCACGCAUAUGGAUCUGCCACCGGGAGUCGACCAGUUGAUCUCGAAGGUGUUGAAAGCCGCCGCAGACAAGACCGUCAUCGUCAAUCAGUCCGGUACACCAGUUACCAUGCCGUGGGCCGAUCAGGCCCGGUGCAUUGUGCAGGGCUGGUACGGAGGUAACGAGACCGGUCAUGGAAUUGCCGAUGUCCUCUUCGGAGAGGUCAAUCCAUGCGCAAAGCUGCCCUUGUCCUGGCCGGUGGAUGUGAAACACAACCCGGCCUACCUGAACUACGCCAGUGUAGGUGGCCGAGUGCUGUACGGGGAGGACAUCUACGGGGGUUAUCGGUUUUAUGAGAAGACCGGACGAGAGGUGCUCUUUCCAUUUGGUCAUGGCCUGUCAUACACGACCUUCAAUGUUUCACCGAAUGCUACCGUCGCCCCGGAGAUCUUCACCAUGGACGUUCCUACGGUCGCUACCGUACAAAUCAAAAACACGGGAAAACUGGCGGGCGCCCAGGUUCUCCAACUGUACAUCUCCGCUCCGAAUCCUCAACCCCGCGCCCAAGCAAGGAACUACACGGUUUCGAAAAACUUCUGGGACGAGAUCGAGGACAUGUGGAAAAGUGAGCAGGGGACGUAUGAAGUGUUGAUUGGGACCUCUAGCCAGGAAGUGGUAGCCCGGGGGAAAUUCCAAGUGGAUCGCACCUCGUAUUGGCGGGGACUCUAA